AUGGGAGACGACUAUUGCGGCCCACCGGCUCCGGUCUCUGAGUCUGAUGUUAUGCCACUCGCGGCUCCAAGUGAGAAGACGAGCAGUUGCCAGGAUUCUUGCUGCGAUAACGACGACGCUGAGCCUCUCGACACCCCGGCCCCGGGUCAGAAAUCGCCGACCCCACAAAAACCGGACGACUGCUGCUCUGCUGGCAAAUGUGCGGACAACAAGACCGAGAAUCAUACCGACGCGCCUGACUGCUGCCGUGGCAAAGUCCGCCCAUGCUGCGACACGUCUUGCCUUAACCUCUUGGCUAUGCGGGAAUGCGAGAUGAGUGCUACAGCUGCCUCCAGUCCAACUAUUCAGCCGAACACUUGUGGUGGAGCUACCGACCACAAGGCAUGCAGCCAACAUAGUCUCUCUGCCCUCGACCGCUACGGCGCUACUCUACAAGCCCUGGGAUGUAUCUGCCGCGCUCUUAUUGCACUUGGCCAGGAAACCUGCUGUGAAAUUCGCGAGCGACGGUCACUGGACGGGAAGCAGUGCUCUAAGAAGUCAUCUGCUCGCUCCCUUCGCACAUCACUGGAUUCCUGCAGCAACGGCUCCGUCACCAAGGACCAGGCCGCGCAGAACCGUCCUCGCCUGCGAAGCGGCUCUCGUGAAAGCACCAGGACUGUCGGGAAGGCGUCCGCUGAUGUCUGCGUUGUCUCGUUCUGUUCGAAGGACAAGCCCGCCAAAGAGCUACCCAACGCCGCCUCCUCUGGCUCCUGCUGCGAGCCACCGAAGCAGGAUACCAUGAAAGCUUCGAUGACUGGUUGCGCAGAUUCUCGCUGCACGGAAAAGCAGCCGCCCAACCCUCAAGGCUCUUGCACCGAUGCUUGCUGCUCCUCUGCUGUGCCCGAUCCUGGUUUAGAGAUUGAGGAAGCUUCGACUGACGCCGUCACCGACAUAGAGAAUCGGGGUACCGGCAAGGAACAUGUUAUCCUCAGCAUUUCUGGCAUGACUUGUACUGGUUGCGAAACAAAGCUUAGACGAGCCCUCGCUACUGUCCCGGCCGUCAAAGACCUGAAAACCAGUCUAGUUCUCUCACGAGCCGAGUUCAACAUUGAUCUUCGCCUUGGCUCAGUUGAGGAAAUCAUGAAACAUCUGGAGCGAACCACUGAGUUUAAGUGCGCAAGAGUCCAGAACCAGGGAUCUAGCCUAGAUCUUAUCGUCCCUGAUGAGCCCUCGAAUUUUAUUAGGCAGACAUGGCCGGACGGCGUUCUUGACAUGGCACCCAUAGAUAGGCAGACCGUGCGAGUUGCGUUUGAUCCGAAUAUCGUGGGAGCUCGAGACCUCAUCGAGAAGAUUUGGGGUCCGCCAAUUAAACUUGCUUCUCCCCGUGGCGACCCUUCGCUGGAGGCUGGCAGCAAGCAUGUUCGUCAUGCCGGAUACAUGACGCUUCUAUCCGCUGUCUUGACGAUUCCGGUCCUAGUCAUGGCAUGGGCAUCGCUUCCCGACAGGGAGGUGGCGUAUUCCUCGGCGUCACUCGCAUUGGCCACGAUAGUUCAAGUUGUAGUAGCAGGGCCUUUCUAUCCCAAGGCCCUGAAGGCUCUUAUUUUUUCAAGGGUCAUCGAGAUGGACCUCUUGAUCGUCUUGAGCACUAGUGCUGCCUACAUAUUCUCGGUGGUCUCCUUUGCGUACCUCAUUGCAGAGCAGCCCCUUUCGACUGGUCAAUUCUUUGAAACGAGCACUCUCCUGGUCACCUUGAUCAUGGUUGGUCGAUGGGUUGCCGCUCUCGCUCGUCAGAGAGCUGUUGAGUCUAUUUCUAUCCGGUCACUUCAGGCAUCGACAGCUAUCCUUGUCGACCAAGAGAGCGGAACGGAACGUGAGAUUGACGCUCGACUUCUUCAAUAUGGCGACACCUUCAAAGUUCUCCCUGACACCAGAAUCCCGACAGACGGCACUGUCAUCAAUGGGUCGUCUGAGGUUGACGAGUCUAUGCUCACUGGUGAAUCUAGACCAGUGGAGAAAUAUCCUAGUUCUGUGGUGGUUGCUGGGUCUAUCAAUGGAUCUGGAGUUAUGACUGUUCGACUGAACCGUUUGCCUAGCGAUAACACUAUCAAUACCAUUGCUGCGAUGGUCGAUGAAGCCAAACUGUCGAAACCUAAGCUGCAGGAUCUCGCGGACCGGGUAGCAUCCUACUUCGUCCCGGUUGUGCUGGUGUUGACAAUCAUCACGUUCCUUAUCUGGGUUGCAUUAGGCAUGACUGUUCGUGGAUAUGAUGGAUCCGAAGCUACAAUUCGGGCCAUAACAUAUGCCAUUACUGUCCUCAUCGUUUCUUGCCCCUGCGCAAUUGGACUGGCUGUUCCUAUGGUCAUUGUGAUUGCCAGUGGAGUCGCGGCGGAGAGAGGUAUCAUCUUCAAGUCAGCAGAUGCUAUUGAAGUGGCUCAUAAGACGUCGCACGUCGUGUUUGACAAGACUGGGACCUUGACUCGGGGAAAGCUUUCUGUCGUCGCGUCAGAGUGCGACAACGUGGAUAAGCUCCCACUUCUUCUAGGCCUCAUCGAGAACAGUCGACAUCCAGUCUCGGUUUCUGUGGCUGCUCACCUCAAGGAUGCCGGAGUUAUGGCUUCCGCUGUUCCUGAGCCCAAGAGCCUUACUGGCAAAGGUGUUGAAACUACCUUUGGUGGCCGGAAACUUCGGGCAGGCAAUUCUCGCUGGCUGAAUUUAUCGGACAAUGAAGUUGUUCAACCAAUGCUUGCACAGGGCUACACUGUCUUCUGCUUUACUAUCGACAAUACGUUACAGGCCGUCUACGGUCUUGAAGAUGAGCUCCGGCCUGACGCUGUAGGAACGAUUAAGACCUUACAAAGGCGUGGCGUCUCGGUACAUGUGGUUUCUGGCGACGAUGACGGAGCUGUUCAGUCUUUGGCGUCCAAGCUUAGCAUUCCUGGCGAUAACGUGCGUUCUCGAAGCUCGCCCGCCGACAAGAAGGACUACAUCCAGACGCUCCUCAGUACCGGCAUAGAUCGUAAGAAACCGAUUGUUGUUUUCUGUGGUGACGGCACGAAUGAUGCUGUUGCUCUCGCCCAGGCUACGAUUGGCGUCCACAUGAACGAAGGCACGGAUGUCGCGCAAUCCGCCGCGGAUGUGGUUCUCAUGCGGCCUUCUCUGGCUGGUAUCCCCACCAUGAUGGACGCCAGUAGGAAAUCUGUCAACCGCAUCAAGUUCAACUUUAUAUGGAGCUUCGUAUACAACACCUUUGCAGUCCUUCUCGCUGCCGGUGCUUUUGUCAAUGCCAGAAUUCCCCCAGAGUUUGCGGGACUGGGAGAGUUGGUGAGUGUGUUGCCAGUCAUUGCUGCUGCGCUGCUUCUGCGCUGGUCGAAGAUCUAG